AUGGCCGAGGAAAGGGAAGGACGGGCGAUCGGGAUCGAUUUAGGCACGACGUAUUCAUGCGUGGCAGCAUGGCAGCAUAACCGCGUCGAGAUCAUAGCCAACGAGCAGGGCAAUCGCAGCACGCCCUCUUGUGUCGCUUUCACCGAUUGCGAACGUCUCAUCGGAGAAGCUGCCAAGAAUCAAGUCGCCAGUGCUCCAACUAACACCGUCUUUGAUGCAAAGAGGCUGAUUGGUCGUAAAUUCAAUGAUCCAAUGGUUCAGAGUGACAUGAAACUCUGGCCAUUCAAGGUCAUUUCUGGUGCUGACGACAAGCCUAUGAUCAUGGUAACCUACAAAGGAGAGGAGAAACAGUUUUCAGCUGAGGAGAUCUCUUCGAUGGUGCUCUCCAAGAUGAAGGAUAUCUCCGAGGCCUAUCUUGGUUCAUCUGUCAAGAAUGCAGUUGUCACCGUGCCUGCUUAUUUCAAUGACUCUCAGCGCCAUGCAACCAAGUCUGCAGGAACCCUUGCUGGCCUCAACGUUCUAAGGAUCAUCAACGAGCCUACUGCAGCAGCCAUCGCAUAUGGUCUUGAUAAAGGGGGUGAUGUGGCUAAGAAUGUGCUGAUUUUCGACCUUGGUGGUGGCACGUUUGAUGUGGCUGUGGCCACUAUUGAGGCGGAAAUUGUUGAAGUGAAGGCUGUUGCUGGUGACACUCAUCUUGGAGGGCAAGACUUUGACAGUAGGAUGGUGAAUCAUUUUGUGAAAGAGUUUGAAACGAAGAAUGGAAAGAAUAUUAGUACAAAUCCGAGAGCUAUGAGGAGAUUGAGGAGUGCUUGUGAAAGGGCCAAGAGGAUGCUUUCUUCCACUUCCCAAUCUAAUAUUGAGAUUGAAUCUUUGUUUGAGGGGAUUGAUCUGUUUACGACCAUCACUCGUGCUAGAUUUAAUGAACUCAACAUGGAUUUAUUCAUGAAGUGUAUGGAACUGGUUGAGAAAUGCCUGAGUGAUGCAAAGGUUGAGAAGAGCAGCGUGGAUGAGGUGGUGCUGGUGGGCGGGUCGAGUAGAAUUCUGAAGGUGCAGGAGUUGUUGAAGGAGUUUUUCAAUGGGAAGGAGGCGUGCAAGACCAUUAAUCCAGAGGAAGCCGUGGCUUAUGGUGCUGCAGUGCUGGCUGCCAAGUUGAGUGGUGAAAGCAAUGAGAAGGUGCAGAAUGUGGUUCUUUCAGAUGUUACUCCUUUGUCUCUUGGUAUUGCAGGCGUUGCAGAUGUGAUGCACGUGAUUAUUCCGAGGAAUACACCUAUACCAACAAGGAUGGAGAAAAUUGUCACCACAGCGAUGGACAAUCAGACAACUUCAGCUGUUAAUGUGUAUGAGGGUGAACGAAGCAAGGCAACAACCAACAAUCUGCUAGGUGAAUUCGUCCUCUGUGGCUUUCCAGCGGCACCCAGAGGAGUUGCUGGACUCAAAGUGUGCUUCGACAUUGAUGAAAAUGGUAUCUUGAAUGUGUCCGCGGAGCACAUAGGGAGUGGAGUGAAGAACAACAUCACCAUCACCGACAAGGGCAGGCUGUCCAAGGAAGAAACCGAGAAGGUAAUAAAGGAUGCGGAGAAGUACCAGUUGAAGGAUAAGGAACACGAGAACAACGUUAAGGCUAUGUUUGAUUUGGAGAACUAUGCCUACAACACGAGAAUCGCCAUCAGAAAUGCAACCAAGCUCAAAGCAACAGAAAAGAAGAAUCUGGAGGAUGCUUUCGAGUAUUUCACAAAGUGGUUGGUGUCCAACAAACACGCAAAGGCUGAUGUUUAUAAAGACAAGAUGAAGGAGCUCAAAACUGUUUUCAAUCCCCUCCUUGCCAAGUUGAAAUAA